AUGAACCUCGUGAAAGAAUUCGGCUGUCUUUGUUGUAAUGACACUGGGUUCCUUAAAGCGGAUGAAUGUGGGGUUUUCACUUCCUUUGUUCAGGUCUAUAUCAUCAUUCUCCUCAUCGUCGUUAAAACUCCUUUAUCCAAGCUUACGUCUCACCGAAAUCCGUCAUCAUUCCAUCUUGUACUGCCUGACAUGGAGCAUCACCACCUUUUCUAUUCUGAUUACGAGCCUGACUAUCAUUCCAACCAACUAGACAGUAUCUAUCGUCGAUGGACGGUAGAAGGAAAAGACAAAUUGGUAUGUACCAAUGGAUCAGCGAGACUCAUAGACGUUCCUGAGGAUCAGGGGACUGUUGCCGCGGUGUUGCUAUCCGAACCACUGGCUGGAAAGAUACAGAAAGCUUUGUGUAUCGCUCACUCGUAUUGGACUUCCCCUGAGAAAAUUGCUGCUGAAGAGAAGACCCGUUUCGAGAAUGAAGCAAAGACGCAGUCCUGGAAGGAUGAGCUAGAGUAUCAGAUAAAGUCUACAAAGAAGAAGAUGAGGAGAACAGGGGGGGCGACACGUGAGCAAAGAGUCGAGCUUGUAAAGCUUCUUGAAGAACGCAUGAAAUGUCAGAAAACGCAAGAAUGGAACCAACGCCAGCGUCAGACGCACGAAGAUACAGUGAAGUUGGCCAAAGAGAGAUGGAGCAACGCCUGGUUUGCAGUACAGCAGGAACUCGAUCGUCUAUGGGUGCUCGCAGGGAGAGUCAACGAAUCCCGGCAUGGGCAGACAUACGCGCGAAGUGCCUCAGUCUCCAUAGACGGAGAAUUGCAGUGCCACUCCACAUCUCGAAGUCCAAGACGUCGGAACUGUGAUCAAAAUCAGAGGCUAGAAGCCAGAUCACGUAGUGCAAACCAUCGUUCACAUGCGCAUGGACGAGGCUGUACGCGAUCUCAUCACUCUGCGUCUCGCCCUCGUUCGAGAAGUCAGAACAGUAGGGUCAGAGAUCGUAGGCGCGAGCCUAGCGCACAUGUACAUCGACAGGCGCGAUCAAGCCGGCGGGAUCGUGGGCGAUCGCGUUCUCGCUCUCAGUCCUUCUCAAGGUGGAGCGACGACCGCCGGUACAGAGACAUGACCGUCUGGCCAGCUCGCUCGGCUGCUUCCGGUGCGGAAUUGAAUCGUUUGGCGGAUUCCAUGUGCGAUACUAGCAAGAUUCUCCAAGGGUUUCUGGAUGUUACAAAACCGGCGCAAUACUUGCCCAUAACGGGCGGCAAUCGAGACGAAGAUGUUGAGGUCGUCAGUUUUGGAGUUGCGCCAUCAGCUAGUAUUGCAGAUUGUAUUGGGCAGUUGGAUAGCGCAGUGACUAUCGACGAUAGUGGGGCGAGUACAGCAGGCAAAGCUUUCCCGGAUAUCGCACCAAUCUCACAACAGGCUCAAGAGUUCCAGGACGGCCUUCGAAAACUGGCGUUACAGUAUGACAGCGGGAAUACGCAACCCCAACAAUUUCCUGAAGCUCAUAGUUGUCAUCCUAAUGGCAGCAAGCGGAAGCGAAUUGACCGAACCCUAAGUGAAAGGAAGUUACAGAAAAUGUCACCCUGGAUAGCCAGCGAUAGUCGAACGUCAACUCUCGAACAUACGGCUGUCGGGUGCGUACAGGGAGAAUCGGGUAUGCAACGCGUUGCAGGACAGACGCCGGGAUCUAGUAGACUGUCCAUUCGCGACUUCUUUAAGCCUGGCUGCGGAACUGGUGAGAGCUUAAACAUGUCAACCCUAGAUAGAUGA